CUGAAGUUUAUAUUAGUACCACCAGUUUGUGGACUUUAUUUUAAAUAAACAAAAACAAAAUGGUACUGAAAGUUUGCCCUGCCCCAUCUGAUUAAUUGAUUAAUCGAAAAAAUAAUCGGCCUACUAAUCGAUUAUGAAAAUAAUCAUUAGUUGCAGCCCUAGUUCUGUUUGCGUCAGGCCGCAUUACACCACUCUGUUAUUGAUUAUUUUUCUAAAACUGCAUAUGUCGUAUUUUGUUUAUUUGCCUAAGGUGUCGGAGCACCCUUUUGUUUUGUUUUUUAAGAGAUUCUUAUUUUAACUUUUACUGUUUCAUAAGAUUUUUUGUAAUGGAAUUGAAUGAUUUCUUAUUCCAAACAGAACCUCUGUUUAUUUUAAAUGUAUUAAAAACUUUUUGAAUUCGUCCAAGACAUGAGUUGAGACAGCUUAUAUAUUUUAUACCACGCUGUAAUCUCUGGCUCUGUCAGUCCUCGGAGGCUCUGAGGGCUGGUACCUGAGGGAGUGUACAGACACGGGUGAUCAAAAACAACAAGCACAAAGCAUCUGCGACACAGAACUGUAUGAAAAUGCCUGUCAGUGGGGCAAAUGCCAUUUAGCGGAGCUCUUCUGUUCUUUAGCUAAUCAACAAUCCAUGGAGGUAAAAGUUCAAAUCUGAAUGUAAUGAAAAUUUGCCUUAGUCAUGAUUGCAAGAGUCGGCCGUUUCUUACCCAAUGAAGACCGGCAGGGAAAGGUUUCAAAGAGAGAAGAAGAAACGGAGACCUAGAGAUCAGUUUGUUCCUGCAAGCGAGCAGCAUUGUACUGAAUGGAUCGAAAAAAGAAACAUCAGAAAAGAACAAGAAGAAGAAUGAAUGGACCUGAUUCAGGGACGUGUAUGGAAAUCUGAUAGUCAAGGCAGAACACAAACAACCUUCCUUAGGCAAAUAUAGCCUUGGCAUAUGGCUCUACCUACUAAUGACCUGAUGACUACCCGGAUCUCCAUGCGGUCCUUGCCCUCCUUGGCGUCCAUCAGCAGUGCUAGCGCUGACCCUCGCUUCCAUUUCAAAUGGAGGGCCAUCACAGUAGUAACUAUACUAGGCUUGGGCCUGUUGCUCUAUCUGCACCAAACAGCAGGGGGUUCUACAGACAAUACACAACUCUUUCCAUCGAUGCGUCGUAGUAAUGGUGCACACCGCCUGAUUCGGGAUACGACUGCCAAUACGGAUGCCCGUUACAACCACACGUACCCUCUGAGCCCGCCGGAGCGCACAGCUAAUGGAGUCCGCUACCGCAUAGCUGUGAUCGCAGACUUGGACACAAACUCACGCAGCACCAAGGACAAAACCUGGUUCAGCUACAUGCAGCGAGGCCACCUGCUAGUGACAGACAACGGGGAACAUGUGGAGGUAGAGUGGGACCCGGAGAAGGUGGUGCUGGAGAGCCAUUUAUCAGAGAAAGGGCGUGGGAUGGAGCUUUCCGACCUGGUGGCGUUUAACGGACAUCUGUACAGCGUAGACGAUCGAACAGGCGUGGUGUAUCGCAUUGAAGACAACCGGGCUGUACCAUGGGUCAUCCUGCCUGAUGGAGAUGGCAGCGUUUCCAAAGGUUUUAAGGCGGAGUGGCUGGCAGUGAAGGACGAGCACCUGUACGUGGGUGGGCUGGGGAAGGAGUGGACGACCACCACGGGUGAAUUCGUCAACAACGACCCCCAGUGGGUGAAAGUCAUUGGCUUCCAGGGCGACGUGCACCACGAGAACUGGGUGCCCCAUUACAUCGCAAUAAGGGGCGCGGCAGGCAUCAAACCACCUGGUUAUUUGAUACACGAGUCAGCGGUGUGGAGUGAGCGUCGACAGCGCUGGUUCUUCCUCCCACGCCGCGCCAGCUCUGAACGCUACGAGGAAACAGCUGACGAGCGCCGUGCCACCAAUCUGCUCCUGACCUGCACGGCCGAUUUCAGCCACGUCUCAGUGACCCGGGUCGGGCGGCUGCUCCCCACCCACGGCUUCUCAGCCUUCAGGUUCGUUCCCAACACCCAUGACCACGUGGUCCUCGCGCUGAAGUCUGAGGAGGACGCAGGCAAAAUCGCCACCUACAUCACAGCCUUCACACUAGACGGACGGGUCCUGCUGCCUGAGACAAAGAUCGGAGAUGUGAAAUACGAAGGGCUGGAGUUCAUCUAGUUUGGUAGAAGAGAGUGGAUUUCUGACAUGGGAGUCACUGGGUAUGUGACCAUGUGUGUAAUGUCAGUGCAAUGUCGUAGAUGUAAAAUCUCAUAAAAAGAUCGGUUUCUCUUUAUGAUAUUUCUGUAUGCAGUGGUGAUAAUGUACACUGCAUGUAUUCAUGUCCCCAUGGAGACCCACCACUGGACACAGUGGAUAACUGUUGUGUCAUGACAAGGAAGAUCAAUGACGUCAAACAAAACACAGACACAGCUACAUGGUAAGCUACAUAGACAGCUCACAGAGUUUACACGCUUACCGUGUAGUUUGGACCUUGGCUGAGGUCUCUCCUUAGCAUCUCUGUGAAAAACAGUGCUGCUGAAGACUCAGGGUUUUUUGGGUUAAAACGCACAACACGGACUAACUCUAACCAAACCGGAAUGACCCAAAAGACAAAUUUGUCUUUUAUUAAGUGGACUUGAAGGAUAAAGAUGCAAACGAGUCAUGUUCAUUUAUGUCACUUUUUAUUUAUAACAUUUUAGUAGAUCAUGCAGAUAUUUGUAAAUUGCGAGUCACCCAAAACAUAUUUUAAAGCCCAUGUUUUUAAUGGUUUCACAAAAACUACCAUCAGAAACAAACACAUUUACCCUCAUCUGACAUUACUGUGUAUACUGUAUAUCUCUUAAUAUGCAAAUUAGAAAUGCCCCUACAUGCAGUAGUAGAGGUGGUAAUAAUAAUAAUUAAUCAUUAUUAGUAAUAUGUAAUAAUCAACUGGACAGCGCACUCUUAAAAGAGUUUAAUCAUAAAUCAGUACGUUAUAAAGUUUAGGGUGACUUUAACGACGCAGUCCAAAUGAGUGUUUUGUUUUAUUUCUGUUUUACUCUCAUGUUUUAAAAUCCUGCUGAAAUGCAUAUAUCUCACUGAAUGUUGCUCUUCUGACUUGUGGAUGUGAUCAUUAAUAUUUAACUGUCUUCAUCUUAGACAAGAAAUUAAAAUUAAGAUGCUUAAACA